AUGGACCAAGCAAAGAACUUCUAUAACACGAUUUUAAAGUCGUCGCACCCGUUGCUACUAUCAUUCCACUUGGCAGGUAAGGCCGUACCUAUAGUCUUUUAUAUCAUAGGUUCAAUGUUUCUGAAUUUUACACCUCAAUUCAUCACCGUCGUGCUUUUACUUUCGUUUGAUUUUUACUUGACCAAAAACAUUACCGGCAGGAAACUGGUUCAACUACGUUGGUGGUAUGAUUCUACAGACGUAAACAAAAAUUCUAGCUUCACUUUUGAAUCAUAUAAGCAGUAUGCGCCUGGCCCACCGAUAAAUGCCAUCGAUUCCAAAUUAUUCUGGUGGUCAAUGUAUUUGACACCUAUAAUUUGGGGUAUCUUUGCCAUUUUGUGUCUUCUAAGAUUAAAGAUUUUUUACUUAGUUUUAGUCAUCGUGGCAGUGUGUUUGACCGCUUGGAACACAUAUGGGUUCCGUUGUUGCGAUAAAUGGGAACCUGCUAAUGGACAGUCCGGCGAUGAGGACGCAAAUUCCUGGUUCCCUAUGCCUUCUCUUCCAGGAUUCGAAAAUCUUUCAAGGCUGGCCAAUAUCCAGUCAUUUUUCCAAAGACAAUAA